AUGCCUCGUUACGAAGAUAGGUAUGGCAGCACUACUCGCCUUUAUGUUGGCCACUUGUCUUCAAGAACCCGUUCUCGGGAUUUGGAGCACAUUUUCAGUAGAUAUGGAAGAGUACGUGACGUGGAUAUGAAGCGAGACUAUGCUUUUGUCGAAUUUAGUGAUCCCCGUGAUGCUGAUGAUGCUCGAUACAGCUUGGAUGGGAGAGAUGUUGAUGGGCGUCGUAUCAUUGUUGAAUUUGCUAAGGGGGUGCCUCGUGGGCCUGGAGGGGUUCGUGAGUAUGUGGGCAGAGGCCCGGAACCAGGCUCGGGCCGCUGCUUCAACUGUGGCAUUGACGGACACUGGGCCCGAGACUGCAAAGCUGGAGACUGGAAAAACAAGUGCUACCGCUGUGGUGAACGAGGCCACAUUGAAAGGAACUGCCAGAAUAGCCCUAAGAAACUAAGUGGACGUGGAAGAAGUUACUCACGGUCACCUGGGAGGUCCCGCUCUCCUCACCGCCGUGGCCGCAGCAGGAGCCGGAGCUUCAGCAGGAGCCGAAGUUACAGUCGGUCAAGGUCCCCAGCUGCCAGAAGAGGCCGUGAUGCGGAUUACAAGGAAAGGCGGCAAAGAAGCUCGCGUGAUGAGAGUCGUUCUCCAAAUAGGGGAACCUCUCCUUCCAAGAAGCUGAGCCCAUCUCCCGAUGGGCUGGGAGACAGAAGCCCAUCACCGGGUGGGGCCCGAGUAGAGAAUGAGCGAGAUAGGUACAGUGGAAGCCCGAAGGAGGGCAGCCAAAGCCCACCAGCUGCCAGGAGGUAUGAAGAGUCUCCGCCUUAUGCUGCCAAUGGCCAGGAUCGUAGCAUGAGCCCAAGGGAGGACAGGAGCCCAGUUGAUGAUGAUGAUGAUAAUAACAAUAAUGCACCCAAUUCUCCUCCUCGAGGCAGUGAGUCUCCUUAA